AGGCUGUGCUAAUCAGGAAGCAGCGACGAAGCUGUAUAAUGAAAUCAAGCUAGAGACGACAAACAAUUGAUUAUAUACUCAACGUUUAACCCGGAACAAAAAACAACACAAACCGUUUGGAAUUCCUUCCUUAUACAGAUAUAUGUUUAACAUCAGGUUUCGUGUGCCUCAUAAUGAAUCUGAGUUGGACAAUUUUAUUUCUUAUCAUUAACUGUUUAAAAACGUUGAGGGCCUACAAUGUUGACAUUAAGAAGCCUUUAAUCUUUUUCGGAUCUCCAGUUGAACAAUUUGGAUAUGCCACGGAAAUUCUGAAAAGCGGCGACACAGAGAGAAUUUUGAUCGGGGCACCGGCAAAUACAAAGUUUAAAGCCGCAGAGAAUACGACCGGGACAUUAUACAACUGUCCGAUACAACCCAGCAAUCUACACACCAAUGGGACUUCUUGUAUAGUGAUAAAACCAGACAGUAACGCAGACAGAUUUGCAGCCACAUUAUAUAAAAACAGUGAUAUAAUAGUGAUCUGUUCGCCCUUACGUCAUCACUUACAUGAUUAUGAUGCCAUUACUGGAGGAUGUGAGUUUUACUUCUUAAAUAUGACAAAACGAGAUAUUGCUUACAUUCGUGGCAGAGCAAAUGAGACUCGGGCUAAGGGGAUGUAUGGAUUCUCUGUGACUGCUCACAACCAGUCAACGUUUGUACUAGGUGGACCGAAUGCAUGUCAGAGUGAUGGCGGAAUAGCCAUCGCUACCUUGGGAACACGUGGAGUGACUCAUUUUGAUGAAAACAAAGAUUGCCAAAACUGGAAUACUGGAAAAUACUUUGGUUUUGCACUGGAAAGCUUUGGGUCGAAUAGAUACGUGGUCGGCAAACCUGGCUUUGCAAAUGAACAUGGGUUGAUUGGAAUGAUGGAGGUUAUAGCUAUUGCUGAGGGGAAAAUGGAAAGAAUAAAACAGAUUAACGGAAAACAGAUUGGCGGCGGAUUCGCUCGCUCCCUUUCUGUGGCUGACAUCAAUGGAGAUGGGAUGUUGGACAUCAUCGUGGGGGCCCCCUUUGAGUACAUAAACAUGACCGGUCACUCCUCAGUGAAGGCUGACAUUCUGGUCGAUGUCGGAAGAAUUUAUAUAUUUCUUGGCGAUAAAACAAAUAUCAUCACAGAUAAGUACAUUGCUAUCUCGGGUGAUCUGGUAGGACUUAGUCGGUUUGGAACAUCACUGAGCGCUAUUGGAGACAUUGAUGAUGAUUCGUUCCAAGAUCUCGCUGUUGGGGCUCCUUUUGAAGACGAAAUGAGGGGUGCUGUGUAUAUUUUCAAUGGAUGCCAUCGUCCGUGCCUGGAAAAGUGGAAAUACUCACAAAAGAUCACAGCAAGAUCACUUAACACUAAUCUAAAGGGAUUUGGAUCCUAUGUCUCCAAGACCCAGGAAGACAUUGAUGCUAAUGAAUGGAAAGAUUUUGCGGUUGGAGCAUAUCGAUCUGGAAACGCUGUUGUUUUAAGAACAAGACCAGUUAUUUCCAUAGAACCUAAAAUUCUCUUUAAUGAGAAUCCAGUGCCGUUAAAUUCAUCUGGCUCGCCAUGUGCUCACCAACUGGAUUAUCCGUGUCUUGAAUUUGAUGUUUGCUUCAAUAUGACCGGAAGGGGCAUACACACAGGAAUUUAUAUAAAUUUCGAUCUUCGUGGUGACAAUGCAAUGACAAACUCUAGAAUAUUGAUAAAUGGUAAUGAAAGCAGCUUUAGGGUUGAAGAUUACCUGUUGAAUGGAACUGGUACAACUUGUAAAAAUUUUACGGGACAGGUCGAGGAUGUUGGACCUAUUUUUUUUAUAUUUUUGAAUGAGCCUAUGGUAUUUUCUGUUAAUUUAUCUUUGAGUGGAACGACACAAGACACCGCUGUUUUACCUAUUCUGAGUCAUACUGCUCCCGUCUCACAUAUCAACAAUGUAACUUUCAAGACGUUCUGUUCUAGAGACGAACAUUGUCAGCCCCAUUUGUCAGGGAAUCUAAGCAUAAGUGACGACAAAUUUGACGGACAAUAUGAAAUAUUCACAGCAGACAUUUCUGUCAGGAAUUUUGGGGAUCCUUCGACUGCAACAAAAAUUGUGAUACACAAAGAAAAUUCUGCAGAAUGGCAGAAAGGAUUUGUCACGCACAGCAAUUCUGAAAAGGUGGAGUGCACAGAAAGUAAUGAAACCGUCAUAAUUUGCAAAGUGGUAACAGAUCCAUUUUAUCCACACCAAUUGGUGGAUAUAAGUCUUGAUUUUAAGUUAGAUCCAAAAAAAGGUGGAGCGAAGGGAUAUGUUGAAUUUAAAAUGACCACCCUGUACAUAGCUAGUGGUCAGUCGGAUACAGAAGAGGUUACAAUAUCGUCAGUUCGAAAGAAGAGAUCGUCUGUGGUGUCGGUCGGUGGUAAACCAUAUGAGGAUCAGAAAGAAGUGGAUCCAAAGGCGGCAGCAUUAAUCCACAGCAUUGUAUUUGGCGUCCAUAACAGAGGCCCCAGUGCUGUGGACGGCCUGAUCCUGCAAAUAAGUGUCCCAUGGAGAAUCGAUACAGUAAAUGUACUAAAUAACGUCAAUUUUGACGAGAAAAUCUGUAAAGAUGGUGCAGUCGUAACAGGUCCAAAUGACGCCCAGAAGUUAAAUCAAAACGAAUUAGCUAUUAAUUGUUCGGAAAAAGGAGUAGACUGUCGUCUGCUAGAGUGUAAAGUAAAGCAACCCCUGAACAUCGAAGAAUUGGACAGUGUGAAUAUCGAACUUAACAUCUCUUCAAAUGUCGUGGGUUUAUUAGAGAGAUACAAAAUGUUGAAAUAUGUGGUAACAGCAAAACUUAACCUCUCUGAGGAAUCGGGUUUUGAGGGUCGUUUCAUAAACGAGGAUGGUGAGGCACUCUUAACCAUGGUACCCAGAGAGUUUACUUUCGAACCAAAAAAAAUUGAUUUAGGCAUAGUUAUUGGAGGAAGCGUAGGAGGCUUGGCGUUCUUAAUCAUUGUAGGAAUUGUUUUAUGGAAGCUUGGAUUUUUUAAACGAAAUAAAAGACAGCAAGUUGAUGAAUACAAAAGAAGAACUGCCAUUAUGAAAAGACAAUCAAGAAUGUCAAAAAUGUCGGCGGUAUCCAAAAAGUAAAUAUAUGAAUAUAUUUGAGGAUUUUUGUUAUACAUUUGUUAGCAAAUGUACCCGUUAUCUGCGAAGUGAACGUACUCAACUCUCAAAGAUGACUCAGGAGAUGCUCAAAAUUAAUGAUUCUCGAAUUUUUUUGUUAUAUUCGAAGGACAUUUCGGGUACAUUUUGUGUAUCUUGGGGUUUUUUUUUAUCAAUAAAAAUUGUUAC